AUGAUAGUGCCUGACGAAGACACCAUCUCCCCAGUGCGCAUCUUCCUCGCCUUCACUCUCCAAUCCAUCACCACGUACUGGGCCAUUCUUAUUCCAGCCUUUAUCUUUACCCGGAUGAUAUACCGGCGAUAUGUCUCCCCACUACGAUCUAUCCCCGGCCCGUUCCUCGCAUCGUGCACACGCCUCUGGAAAGUCCGAUCAACCGUGCAAGAAAACACGCACUGGGACCAUCUCGAGCUACACAGGAAAUACGGCCCCGUGGUCCGCAUCGCACCAAACGAGGUCUCGUUCUCCUCGCCCCAGGUCGCGCGGAACCUGCUCUCGGCAGGCAAACGGUUCUACAAGACGGAUUUCUACAGCGUUUUCCCACCCCCCGAGAACCCGGAUAUCUUCACCGAGAUCCGCGAGGAGGUGCACGCGAUGAAGAAAAAGGUCGCCAACGUGCCGUACUCGAUGGCCGCCAUGAGACAGCUGAGCCCCUUCAUCGACGACACGAUCGAGUUCCUCGUCUCGCGGAUGGGAGGGUUCUGCACGGAUCCCACGACGGGUUCGAAAGAGGAAUUUUACAACGGGAAGAAACCACAGCCCAUCCUCGACCUGGGCAACUGGCUGCAUUACUUCGCCUUCGACGUCCUGGGCGAAGUCGCCUUCGGGCGGUCCUUCGGGUUCCUCGCCGCGGGCGUCGACAAAGAAGACGCCAUCCGGACCAUCGACAACAGCCAGAAGUACAACGGGAUCAUCGGGCAGAUCCCCGAGUUCGACCGGUUUCUGAGGAGGAAUCCGCUGUGCAAGUUUGUCCCGCAGCUGGAUCCCGGGAAUAAUCUGAUCACGAGGAUCGCGAGGGAGGAGAUGGCGAAGAGGAGGCCGUUUGAGGUCGAGAGGGAGGGGAAAGGGGCUGGUGGCGAUGGACGCGAGGAUCUCAUGGCUAGUCUGAUUAAGGGCCAUUUGAAGGAUCCGCAGAAAUUCCAUGAGGGCGAUAUUUUUGCCGUCGCGCAUGGGGCCAUCUUCGCAGGCUCCGACUCAACGGCCUCGACAAUGCAAUCCUUCUUCUGGCUCACGCUGACCGCGCCGCGCGUGUACUCGCUCCUAAAAUCCGAAAUCGACGCCGCCGUAUCAGACGGCACGAUCCCCGCCACCGGAAACAUCGAAUGGCUGCAGGCGCAGAAUCUACCGUACUUUCAGGCUUGUCUGAAAGAAGCUAUGCGAUUACGUCCUGCUGUGGGGUUGAAUAUCACGCGGUAUGCCCCCGCGCCUGAUGGUGUGGAAAUCGAUGGACGGCAUUACCCUGCUGGUACGCGGAUGGCUGUGAACGGGUGGGUGUUGCAUCGCGAUACGGAGGUCUUCGGGCAGGAUGCUGAGUUCUUCCGGCCUGAGAGAUGGUUGGAGGAUGAGGAGGGUGCGAGGGUUAUGGAGCGGUAUAUGUUCCAGUUCGGCGGCGGCGCACACGUGUGCAUCGGUCGGAAUCUAGCGCUGCUGGAAAUCAACAAAGUCUGUCCGCGCCUCCUGCGCGACUUCGACUUCCAGCUCGUCAACCCUACGUGCGAACUCAAGGCCAAGGCGACGUUCUUCGUCGUCCAGGAGGGAUUGGAGGUGUAUAUCUCCAGACGAGGCGCGAAUGCGCGAUGA